AUGGAGGCUCUAGAUGUUUCGAAAGUAAAGAUUUCUCACACCCAGCUCUUCAUCAACAAUGAGUUUGUGGAUGCAGUCUACAGAAGAACCAUCCCGGUCAUCAAUCCCACAACAGAGGAGCUGAUCUGUGAAAUACAAGCUGGAGAAAAGGAAGACAUUGAUCUGGCAGUGGCCGCAGCCAGAGAAGCUUUCAAGCUGGGGUCACCAUGGCGACAGCUGGAUGCCUCCAAGAGAGGACGAUUGCUGGAGAAGUUUGCCUCUCUCCUGGAGCGGGAUGCGGAACAUCUGGCAGUGCUGGACAGCUUGGACAACGGGAAGCCAUUGAGCGAUGCCAGAGAGGAUGUGGGCGCUACCAUCAGCAUCUUCCAGUAUUUUGCCGGAUGGACGGACAAGAUCUGUGGCAAGACUAUCCCAGUGGACGGGAAUUAUUUCACCUACACUCGACAUGAGCCUGUGGGUGUCUGUGGUCAGAUUAUACCGUGGAACUACCCCAUCGUGAUGCUGUCCUGGAAGUUGGCCCCUGCUCUUGCAUGUGGCAACACUGUGGUCCUCAAACCCUCGGAGGUGACCCCGCUGUCGGCUCUUCACUGUGGUCAGCUGUUCAAAGAGGCAGGAUUUCCCCCUGGAGUGGUAAAUAUAGUUCCUGGCUACGGAGACACGGCUGGAAAAGCUAUCGCCAGCCACAUGGACAUCGACAAGGUGGCUUUUACUGGAUCCACACUGACUGGCAGAAAGGUGAUGAGGGCCGCCGCAGAGAGUAACCUGAAGAGGGUCAGUCUGGAGCUGGGAGGCAAGAGUCCUCUCAUUGUCUUUGCUGACUGUGAUGUGGAGUUUGCAGUGAACUGUGCUCAUGGAGCAAUCAUGAACAACCACGGACAGAAUUGUUGCGCUGCGUCCAGAACGUUUGUCCAGGAUUCCAUCUAUGAGGAGUUUGUCCAGAAGUCCCAGCAGCUUGUGGCCAACAGAAAAGUGGGGAAUCCUUUUAUUGAAGGCACUCAACAGGGCCCACUUGUCAACCGGGCUCAGUUUGAGAAAGUGCUGAGCUACGUCAAGAAAGGGACAGAGGAAGGGGCCCGGCUGGUGGCGGGGGGCAGUCGUGUCGGGGACAAGGGCUACUUUGUACAGCCGACUGUGUUUGCUGAUGUCAAGGAUGACAUGAGCAUUGCUACAGAUGAGAUUUUUGGGCCAGUGCAGAGCAUCCUCAAGUUCAGCAGCCUGGAGGAGGUGAUUGAGAGAGCCAACAGGACCCGGUACGGCCUAGCAGCCGGGGUCAUCACCAACGACAUCAACAAGGCUUUCCUGGUCUCACAGGCCUUGCAGGCAGGCAGCGUCUGGGUCAACUGCUAUGAUGUUGUCACCUCUCAGACACCAUUUGGGGGCUUCAAACAGUCAGGCCAUGGCAGAGAACUAGGAGAGUAUGCACUGCAAGAGUACACGGAGAUUAAAACUGUCACCAUUCAAGUUCCGGAGAAGAAUUCUUAA